AUGGGCGGCGCGUUCAACAUCACCACUGCUCCUGGCGCCAUCGUGCAGACCUCGCCCGAUGGCGUGCAACAGGUUUACAACUUGGCAGAUGUGGGUGAGUGGGCAAGACGAUUCAGCGAGCAUGCUGGCAAUCAUGCACCAAUAGAGACUACCUCCUGUUCCUCAUCACCUCAGCUUGGGUGAUUGCUGCAGGUGAGCUGUCGUCGUUCCUUCAUGUGUAGCACCGAGCCCCGCUGAUCAGCUCACCAUCCCCUCCCUCACCGCUGCAGUGUGCUUUGUAUUUCCAAUCAUCCCGGCCAUCGGCUUCCUCUACUCCGGUCUUUCCACGCGCAAAUCUGGAGCAGGCAUGCUAUUCGCAGCGCUAAUGACUGCCAGCAUCAGCGGGGUGCAAUGGUUCCUCAUCGGACACUCUCUUGCCUACUCUGGUGAUACCGGCAAUGGCUUCAUCGGCGACUGGCGGCGCUUCGGCUACGUGAAUAUCGAGUCCAGCGUUCCGUUCGCCUUUGCUAUCCCAGAAGUGCUCUAUGCACUCUUCCAGUACGAGUUCGCAGCUUGCACCGCCGCCAUCAUCGUUGGAGGAGUGAGCGGAAGGGCGAGGAUGGCACCGCUGAUGGUGUUCAUCUUCCUAUGGAUCACCCUGGUGUACUGCCCCAUUGCCCAUUGGGUAUGGUCAUCCAGCGGUUGGCUCUACAAUCUUGGUGUAGCGGACACUGCCGGGGGAACCCCGGUGCACAUCGCUUCAGGCAUCUCGGCCCUGUCCCUCAGUCUCUACAUUGCAAGUCCUCUGGCUGGGAGCGGGUGGAUAGCGGCGAAGGACCUCCGACCGCCGCACAAUCCACUGUUGGUCCUCAUAGCCACGCUAUUGAUCUGGAGCGGUUGGCUGGCCUUGUGAGUCGCGCAAUGCUCGUCGUCUUCGUCUUGCAUUGCGGAGCUGAUCACCAUCGCCAUUCUUCCUGCGCUCAUACAAACCCACAGCGAUGGAGCUGGGGGGUUCAUGGCUCUCAACUUGAGGAGCGUCAUGGCUGCGAGCGUGACGUGCUUGGCUGCAUGCGCAGGAAGCCUCUCCUGGUCCAUCUUGGACUAUGUCAGGUCCCGAAGAUGGAGCAUUGUUGCGGGAUGUAGCGGAGCCAUUGCUGGGCUAGUCGGCAUCACGCCCGGUGAGCUCGGCUACGGUCUUCCUGACGCGAAAUAGGUCUGUCACUGACCAUCUUCACUCCGCUCAUAAGCUUGCGGGUUUGUCGGCCACCCGACCGCACUCUUGAUCGGCGCGCUCAAUGGAUUAGUCUGCAAUUACGCUACCAAGCUGAAGAACUGGCGCUUUACGCGUUUCCAUGAUCCAGCCGACGUUGUGGCUUUGCAUUUCGGUGAGUCGUGAAUGGCGGCUAAAAGCGAAUCUUCGGCUAAGCACUCUUUCUUGCGAUCUUUGCGUGCAGUUGGUGGUGUCGUCGGUAACAUGAUGACUGGAUUCUUCGCGCAGAAGCAACUGGCUGCCCUCGACGGUGUUACCGAGUUCGCAGGUGGCGCCUUGAUAGAUGGGCACUGGAAGCAGAUCGGGUGAGCGCCGCCGUCAAGGAGCUACGGUAGCAAGCAAAUCCGGGCUGACAUGCCCGGAGGAUGCCCAACAGCAUUCAAUUGGCAGAUUCUGUCGCCGCAACAGUCUGGGCUUUUGUGAUCACGUUUGUUUUGGCUGCCAUUGUAGGGCGCAUUCCAGGCUUGCAUUGGCGAGUGUCGCCCUCAGCCCUCUUGUCGGGAUCGGAUGAAGAAGACAUGGAGGAGCUGUUGGGAGAGGAGCGCUGCUUCGACGAUGAAGACAUAUCUGGAAUGGUGCCCGCAGGUCCUGAUCGACUCUCACCAGCUAACUCUGUCUCUAAGGAUGAGGUGGAUAGCAGGGUGGAUGGCCAAGCUCAGGAUCGCGUACACACCCUUGCCGCCUAA